GGUAGUAUACAGAACUCUGUGGUGAAUCUCACUGAACCGUGUAGAUUCGUUUGACAGUUGAAACGGAGCCGAGACGGCCGAGAAGUUACCAAGCUCUCGGCGAGGACGGAAAAGGAAGCUGUCAGGCAGAGCUGAAAGAAAAACACAGGUUUUGCGGUUUUCACGACGGUAACUACUAAGAUUGUGGUCUUCUGGAUCGUGGUACAGUGUAUCUUGUUGGGAGGAUACCGCUGCUGCGGGCGAACAUAAUGUCUCCAUCUGCAGCGUUGAACCCUGAAGACAGAAGAGCGUCUGUUCCAAGAAACUAUCGACAUGAGGAGCAGUUUCGUCAUUCUGACGCUCGUCUCUUUCUCCUACGCAUCUCCACGUACUGUUUCGCAUGAAGAUAUCCGUGAUGCAAUCUUGUCCUUGGUGAAUAUGUUCCGAGAUACGGGUGACAAAUUGGAGCGUCAUGAGUACCGGGAACGACAGUUGGGUGAGCAGCUGAAGAAGGCUCUGGUUGGUUUGGACAAACGCCAUCGUACUACCGACCACAACUUAGAUGUUAUAUCUAAGGUGGUGAAUCAGUUGGAUGAGCGGCUCUUAAACAUAGAGAAAAUGAUAGCUCAGAGGGAUGAGAGAGAACGUAUCCAACUGCAGAAAACCACAGAUGCCAUGGAGAACAUCCAGAACUCCCUGCAGACAUGGAUGAAGAACAUAGGUGAAAAGAUAGAUACCUUGGAUAAUCAUGAUGGAGGUCAAACUGCAGGACCUGAACUCAGAGCUCGUAUUGAACAUUUAGUGACUAAUGUAGGUCAUCUAGAAGCUUAUAUGCGUAAAGUUAGUGAUAAACCAGAAGAUAGUGAGGCCCUCAAACUGGCUUCUGAAACUAUAGCAAAUUCUGCAGCAAACACAGAACGUGUACUAAGCCACUAUGAAGCUAAAUUGACAGAGCUGCAAGGAAAAACUGGUUCCAUCCAGACACUGAAUUCACAAGACUGGCAUACUGGCUUCUUAAUUACACUUGAAGAACAUCAAAAAAUAUUACAAGAUUUAAAGAAAUUUACAGAGGAAGCAACAAAUCAGCUGAACACAUUACCAAGCCUAACUGAAAUAACGGAGAUAACUAACUCCACUAAUGACUUGUUACAGGAAAUUCGUUAUGAAGUGCUUGCAGGGACUGAUAAAGGAAUUGCCAAACUGGAAUCAAAGCUGUCUGAAGCACAGUCUGUGCUAGGCCAUGGACAAGAGGAGAUACUUAAAACUGUUACAGACACUGGUGUAAUUGCAGAGGGAGUAUAUGGAGAUAUAUCACGAAGUUAUGAAGAACUGUUAAAGGAAGUAAGAAGAUCAGGUGAGGUAGAAAGUGUUCUGAUUCAGACUGCAGAUAAUGUAAUGGACACAAAGCGACGGAUUGAGUAUGGUGUCCAUCAGAUCCUUCUAGAAGUUGGUGAUCUGGUCAAACUUCAUGCCAAAGAACUUAAUGCUACAGUGAACCGCCGUUUUGAUAGUCUCUCAUCUACCAUUGUUGACAACCAGACUGGUGCUCUAACAAAUCUGACAUCAAAAAUUGAGACUGAAAUUAGCCAAGUAUGGCGUCAAAUAGGAAUAAUGUACCAGCAGUUGACUGCAUCAGCUGGAGCACUUGACCGACUUCAGCAGCAGACUGAGACUUAUGUAAAUGGUAGUUUGGAGACAAUGGGCAGUAUGGGUGGAAAAGUCAGCCAAAUAACUGGUCUCAUGGCAGAAAUGGACUCCAAUCUCAAUUACCUACUUGGACGUCUCUCUCUGGUCACACAAGAAUUCAAUUCCAUUAAAUCAGAUCUGGGAUCAGCUCUUGAUAAUAUACGCCAUGCUUUUAUCUCUGUUCAGAAAAAAGUUAAAAAGUUUGGGAAGACUGGAAUCAUCCCAAUUCUAGACAGCCUGGAGGCUCCUUCAUCAGUCUUACCAGAAGCAGAUGAAGGGAACCAAGUAUCACCACUCAGUGUGAAGACUCAGUAGUGGUUUGAACUGGAAAUUUCACUGAAAGGAAAUGUCUAAUGUGUUACAUGUUCUUACUAAUUACCGAUAUCAGAAUAUUUUCAUGUCAGUUUUGGUUCUUCUAGAAUCAAGUACCUUAAUGAGGACAUGAGUGUGCUGGCAAACACAAACAUGUCAUGAGAUGUGUGUAGCUAUUACACUAAGCAGUAUCUAUUUAUUCUAAUUUAAUAAUGAAAAGUUCACCUGAAGUAAAGUGGUAACUUCAGUAUUUGUUCUGAAGACAAACUUUUGCAAAACAAAGGUGUGAGUGACAAGAGAUAUCUCAGUCAGUUGGAGUGAACUUCUGUGCAUGGUGCAAAGGAUGCUGUUUCAAUUGUUUCUCAAGUACAUGAACACAGCAGUGAAAAUACAGAUAUGAUCUCUCAAAAAUAUGCUACUUCUACCUAGUAUCAAUCAUUUUAAUAACAUUUAAAUAUUCAACAAUGGCUGUAAAAAAAGAAGAGGAAUAUUUAUUGUAAAAGGGGGGAAGAGGAUAUUUACUCUUUUCUUUAGGCACCACCAUGAUACAAAAAUAUAAUUAAUUUAAAACAAAAUUAUUUUCAAUUUUGUUUCUGAACUGGUUAUUACUCACAUAAGUUCAAAAUCAUACAUAGAAAAUAACACAAUACACAGCUCUAGUUGAUUAUGUGAUUCUAUAUAGACUCCCAGUCCACACACCACUGGUAUUUUAGAGGAUAUCUGUAAUAACAAUAAGUAUGAAUGUUUUAUGCCUUUAAUAAAGUAAAUCAGUGUGGGAUAUUUUAUUUCAUUUCAAUAUACUGAAGUUGUAACAAUAAAUUAUAAAUAAAGUACAUGGCAAAAAUUA